UGUGUGUGUGUGUGUGUGUUAGAAGAAGAAAAGGCUAUGAAAGAACAAGAGGAAAAGUUCCUCAGGGAAGAAAUGGAGAGAAGAGAGAGAAGACGAAAGAUGAAAGAAGAAGAAGAGAAGGAGAACAAGAAAAGGGAAGAGGAGAGACGAAAGAAGUUGGAGGUGGAAAGAGAGGAAAAGAAGAAGAAGAAGCAACAGGAACGGGAAGAAGAGGAACGCAUGCUCAAAGAAGAAGAGGAACGUAGACUGGAAAGGAGAAGAAAGAGGGAAGAACAAGACAGGCUUAUUGCCGAGGAAGACGCAAAGAGGGAGGCUGCAUUCAAAAAGAAAUUGGAAGAGGAGAAGAAGAGGCUCGAAGAAGAACUCCGUGGUCGUGAGGAGAUGAAGAGAAAGAGAGAAGAAGAGUUACGAUUGCAGGGAGAAGAGUUCCUCAAAAAGGAAGAGGAACGCCGUCGGAAGCGCAUGGAGGAACGAAAACGUAUGCAAGAGGAAGAGGAACAAGAGCACCGAGAGUCCGAGGAGCGCCGAAAGGCCGAGCGAACUAAGAGGAAGAUUGAAUACUCCGAGAAAGAGCUCAUUGACGUCGAUAGAUACGGCUCCUUGGACCGUCGAUCUCGCACUCAGACUCCAGAUAUGGGCCGAGGUCGCGACCCCAAGAGAAGACCGAAGUUCAGCACGAGGCUCCAGGACCGCCAGGCUGUGAAGGGAUGCCGAGUCCGCCUGACCUGCAAUAUCAUAUAUACACCAGAGGAAGAACCCCCGGAGAUUGAGUGGUUCAAGGGAGGUUUCCCUAUCAAAGAUGAUGAGAGAAUUAAGAUAUCCUACUAUGAAGGCGUGGCGUCCUUAGAGGUAUUGAAUGCCAGUCGCUUUGACUGCGGCGAAUACACAUGCACAGCUAAAAAUCGCCAUGGUCGUGUCUCCACCACGUGCGAUCUGAGGGUGAAGGGUGAGGACGAACAGAAGCCUAGCCCGCCCACCUUCACGACUAGCCUCAGAGAUCGUUUCGUGAUUGAGGACGACCAGCUGGUCUUGUCCUGCCACGUGAUAGGCUUCCCCCAGCCAAAGAUCACAUGGCUGAAGGACGCAGACAAAUUACCUGCUUCCCCACGCUUCCAGACGUCCAUUUCGGAGGAAGGAGUCUGUAAACUAAUCAUCACAUCUCCACGAGGAGCAGACUCAGGCACUUACACUUGCCAUGCUGAAAACCGCGUUUAUCGCGAUGAAAUUUCGGCAAAUAUACAAGUUCAGGCUCUCAUGGAAAGAGAACGAAGCAGCGACGGCCGUCCAGACGACAGCGAGGUGCCGAGGUUCAUCAGUGAGCUGUGUGACCAAUACGUUGAGGAAAAUGGCACGCUCACACUCCAGGUCGAUAUAGCAGGGUCCCCUCAACCGGAAGUGUUGUGGCUGUUUAACGGCCGGUCCCUACAUCCUUCCGGCAAAUUCAGGAUCUCUUCUACGGGCCACACGCAUACCCUCACCGUUUUCCAGGUCACAAGCAAAGACCUAGGUACUUACUCCUGUAGGAUUACAAACAAAUAUGGCUACGCGUAUACCUUGAGUACAGUGAGCUUCGGGAGGCCGAGGCCCCGUCGCGGCUUGGCAGCUCUGGAUGCCGACCUCGAACUGCGGGCGCCGGUAUUCGUCAGCCGCCCAGAGAGCAUGGUCACAGUAUUCAGGGAUGAGGAAAUCACUUUGACAUGCACUGUUCAUGGCGAACCUACUCCUAGGGUAUCGUGGCUUAAGGGCACCUAUGACGUAUCAAACACCACGCGUGCUCACAAGACUGUAAAGGAGAACACACACACCCUCGUAAUCCGUGGCGCGCAGUUCACAGACUCCGGAACAUACACUGUGGAGGCCAAAAACUCUCAGGGCACCGUCAGGGCCUACGCUAGUGUCAAGGUACGCGAGCUGUACAGGUCCCGCAGCUACUCUCCACGUGGCAGGGAAGAGAGGUAUCCAAUCAAGUUUGAGAUUCCGGAGAGAAGAACUUCAGGCAGAUUCAUCAGAGAUGUGCCAGGAAAGAUUGCCGCUCCCAACGCCACAGACAUUGGCAAGACGUGGGUUUCCCUCAGCUGGGGGAGACCCGAGCAAUCAGGCGGCGCCCCCGUCACCGCCUACAAGGUCGAGUCGUGGAUUCUGGGCGAAGAGGCUCGCUGGACAGAUCUGGGUGUUUCGCCAAUCCCCUCCUUCGAUGUGUACAAUCUGAAAACGGACCGUGAGUAUCUGUUCCGUGUGACCCCGAGGAACAAGUACGGCUGGGGCGAACCCGUCAUGACUCCUAGGCCCGUGAGGAUCGGCAGGAAAAUUGAGACUCCGACCCUCCCUCGCUCACUCCCGUCGCAAGUCCGCGCAAUGCCUGGUGGCAACAUCUGUCUGGAUGCUCAGGUGACGGGAGAGCCCAUGCCUGACGUCCGCUGGUACAAGGACGGUGCCUGCAUCGACAUCAACCGCUACCCGAGGUUCUCCUCGUUCUCUUCAGAGGGAUCGAUGCACAACAUCUAUGGUUUAGUGACCAAGGUGUCCCUGAUGAUCGAGGACCUGCACUGGGAGGACGAAGGCAAGUACGAAUUGGAGGUACAGAACCCCGGCGGCCGAGUCACCUCCUUCACCAGGGUCGCCACCACCACCGACUGCUCCGUUCUCGAGGCGCAGGACAAGAUUAAUAGAAACCUGGUCGCGCUGUCUCAGAUGGAGUCCGUGCCCACCAUGGCGCCGCAGUUCACCAUGCGGCUGAGGGAUCGCCGCGUCCAAGUGGGCUUCCCUGUGCGCCUCACUUGCCAGAUCGUCGGCAUCCCCAAACCCGUCAUCACGUGGUACAAGGAAGGCAUGAUCAUGAGUGCCGAUGACUCCCAUACCAUGUGGCAAGAAGACGGACAUUUCUACACUCUUGAGAUCUCUAAUUCCACACACGACGACGCUGCCGUCUAUUCCGUGCGCGCCGCUAAUCCUUACGGUUCCGUAAUGUGCCGCUGCCGCCUCGUCGUUGAUUCUGGUCUUACGUCGUACAUCUCACCAAUGUUCCUACGCGAACUGGAGGACCAAAGCGUGCGCGAGGGAUCGACCAUCACUCUCCAAACCGUGAUCGAGGCAUAUCCGACCAUCGGGGUCGUAUGGCACCGCGACGGCCAGCGCAUCCGGCCCACGAGGAAGCACUCCUUCAGCCUGGACGCGGACGGCAUCGCCACCCUGACGAUCCGCGGCGCCGACUACACGGACGGCGGCAUGUACACGUGCACGGCCAGCAACGAAAUGGGCCACAUCGAGUCCAUGUGCCGCGUGUCCGUCUCGUGCACUGAUUCGGACAUGGCGGAGAAGAAGAGGCUGUCUGCCAAACUCACCCACCCAUGGCUGAGCAAGGAGCCUAUGUUCGUGCGGAAGCCUCGCGCCAUCGAGGCCGAGGAAGGCGACCUGGUGAUCAUCGAGUGCGAGGUGGCGGGUGACCCCAAGCCCGACGUGACCUGGCUCAAGGACUGGAUUAAGUCUGACGCGAUCGGCGACGGCUCCAGAUUCCAGGAAGUGGGAACAGGUCCCUUGUAUCGUCUGGAGAUCCCCAACUGCCGCCUGGAGGACACCGGCGCCUACAGCAUCCUGGCGAGGAACGAGCAUGGGGAGUGUCGGGCGGUUAUCUCCCUGCAGGUCUACGCUAAAGGCCUGAAGGGCGAAUUGGAAGGAAUACCAGUGAAACGCGGCGUGAUGGAGCAUGUGCCGGUGGUGACGCGGCCGCUGCAGGACGUGCGGUGCUGUGAUGGCGACUCAGUCACUUUGGAGGCUCUGGUGGACGCGCCCAAGCACUCGACCGUCCGCUGGGAGAAGCAAGGAAAGGUGCUGAAGCUCAGCGGCGACCUGGAGAGCGAGUGGGACGGCUCGUGCGUGCGCCUCAAGAUUCGCCAAGUCUACCCCGAAGACGAGGGCGAGUACUCCUGCAUCAUCUUCAACGACAUGGGCAAGGCCGUCACCUCUGCAACAAUCGUCGUGGAGAUGGCUGACGACAAGGAGAAUGACGUGACAGUGCAGAUGGAGCACCGGCCGGACCUCUCUCGUAGGACCACGCCCUCGAGAACCAACACGCCCUCCAGGUUCUCCCGCUCGCCCUCUGUCACCUUCCGACGUGAGGGAAGCGCCCACUCCUGGGCGGGCGUGGGCUGGCGCGAACCCUCCGUCACCGUGUCUCACUGGCGCCCUCUCUCUCGCGGAUCCUCCCCUCUGCUGCUAGCGCACCGCUACACGCCGGAGCCGACCACGCGCUCCAAGAGCCGCCGCUCACACCGUCCCAAGUUCUACUACAUUCCCCAUGACCGAAUCGUGGAGGAGGGCGAAACCGUCACAUUCCAGUGUGCCAUCAAGGGCCACCCGACCCCGCGGUCGUCAUGGGACAAGGACUCCAUCAAGCUAAUCGAGGGCGGCCGCUACAAGAUGGAGGAGCGAGACGACGUCCGCACCCUCGAGAUCUCCAAGGUGGCGCUACAGGACGCAGGACUCUACAGAAUCACCAUCGAUAACGACCUCGGUCGCGAGCAGGCCACUGCCAGGCUCGACGUAAUCAAGGCAUCAGGUAACAAGUAUAGCGGCUACGUGAGGUCCUGGCACACGUCUCCGCUGACGGUCCCGCGCUUCACUCGCUCGAUGCCGUCUACCAGGGUGAGGCAGGGCAGCAGACUGUCCCUCUCCGCAGACUACAGGGGCUCGCCAACGCCUAGAGCGAAGUGGUACAGAAACAACGAGCUGCUGCCCCUGUGCGACGACUUCCCACAGAGCUACGACGGCAAGACCGCCACUCUGGACCUGCCGUCUGCCACCGCUGCCGACGCUGGCACCUACACGUGCGUGCUCGUCAGUGACGCCGGUAGAGCUGAGUGCUCGUGUGAGGUGGUGGUGGAGCACCACAAGGAGACCCCCAACCAGCCGCCCUAUUUCCUCCGCGGCCUGAAGGACUUCACGGCGCUUGACGGCGAUGAAGUGAGACUGUCCGUCAAACUCGCAGGUUCCCAGCCCAUUCGUGUGGUGUGGGUUCGCAACGACCAGGAAAUCAAGAAUUCCGAGGACUUCACGUACCUGGAAGAGGAGGAAGGCGAAUACGCUCUCGUCAUCCGCGACAUCUUCCCCGAGGAUGCCGGAAUCUACAUCUGCGAGGCUUAUAACGCCCACGGAGACGCCCACACCCACUGCAGAUUAGCUGUUCAUGAUCCACGAGAAUCCGAGACAUCGGUGCCACGGAUAGUCGGUAAUCUGAAGCCCUUGGACGUGGAGGAGGGCUCGGCCGCCCGCUUCAGCGUCACCGUUCACGGGACACCCCGCCCGACCCUCACCUGGUACUGCGAUAACCGCAAGUUGAUCUCCACGCCUCGAAUCAAGAUCAACAUGGACGACGACGUGGGCGCGGACGGCGAGGUGCAGCACACCCUGGGCAUCCUCCACGCGCUCUCCACCGACUCGGGCGUCAUCUCCGUCGUCGCCUCCAAUUGCCUCGGCUCCGAUACCGCCUCCACCACACUCAAGGUUGAUCCCUACGCCCCGAGGCGAGAGGAGCGCGUGCGAUCGCCCCUCGGCACAAACUCCACGGCCAACACCACCUCCAGGUUGUCGCCGCCGCGCACCUCCAACUCCCCCGCGCCCAGGAUCAGACCCUCGCUCAAGGAGGUCACAAACACUGGCACGGCAAGCGUGGACUCGGCCUACGGCAGCGUCAGCCUCAGGGAUUCUGCCAGCGGCCGGAGCAGCACCCUCUCCAACCUCAGCGAACUGGAGGACGACCAGGGUGAACCAGCGAAGAAGCCCCUCCGCACCAUGGCCAGCUGUGACGAAGGAAAAGAAGACGAACAGCAGUCUGACGAGAAGAAAGAAGAAGAACCAGAGGAGGAGGAGGAGGAGGAGGAAGAGGAAGAGGAAGAGGAGGAAGAGGAAGAAGAAGACACGGAAGCCGAGAUCCUGCUUGGUCCUCUUGACAUGACGGUCCUCAAGGGUCAGUCUGCAACCUUCACUGCAACUUUCACUGGCAAGCCUCAGCCCGUAGUGUCCUGGCUCAAGAAGGAGCAAGAGAUCUGCGACGGCGGGCGGUACACGGUGAAGACGGAGAACGGCACCACGACGCUCACCAUCCGGGACAUCGUGCAGGAGGACUGUGACAAGUACACCGUCGUCGUCAGGAAUGCGCUGGCCGCCCACGCCGCCUUUGCUUCCCUUGCUGUAGGAAGUGCCCCCGAGCCGCCUGCGGAUCGACCCAACCACUCGGAGGUGACGGCGACUUCCGUGACGCUUUCCUGGUACGGCCCCACCUACGACGGCGGCUCCGUGGUCACGGGAUAUAAUGUUGAGGCGCGCAAAGUGGGCCAGGAUGAGUGGAAGACGCUCAUCACGGGAUGCCACUCUACGUCAUACAUUGUGACGGGACUGGAGACCGGUUGCCAGUACGAAUUCCGCGUGCGAGCGCAGAACAUGCACGGCCUCUCCGAGCCUUCGAAGCCGUCGCAGCCCGUCACCACCUCCAAUCAGACCAAGCAGGCAGAGGAGGAACCCGAGCCUGAGGACUAUGAAAAGGCCUUCGCUCCCCUCAACGUCGAAAUCGAGCCAGGGAACAUGUUCGACGAGCAGUACACCCUGCACGAGGAGGUCGGCAAGGGCCGCUUCGGCAUCGUCUACAGGGUCACGGAGAAGACCUCGGGCACCAGGAGGGCAGCCAAGAUCAUCAAGUGCAUCAAGGCCAAGGACAAGGAAAAGGUCCGCGAGGAGAUCUCCAUCAUGAACGCCCUCAGACACCCCAAGCUCCUUCAGCUCGGAGCAGCCUACGAGCGCCCGCGAGAGAUCAUCAUGGUGAUGGAAUACAUAUCCGGCGGCGAGUUGUUCGAGCGUGUGGUGGCCGACGACUUCAACCUGACGGAGCGUGACUGCAUUCUCUUCGUCAGGCAAAUCUGCGAGGGAGUCCAAUACAUGCACAGCACCAACAUUGUACAUCUCGACCUCAAGCCCGAGAACAUCCUGUGCGUGCGUCGUACGUCCCAUCAGAUCAAGCUGAUCGACUUCGGCUUAGCGCGGAGAUUUAACCCUGAUGACCCAUGCCGAGUGCUGUUCGGAACCCCCGAGUUCAUCGCUCCCGAAGUCAUCAACUACGAGCCCAUUGGUUUCGCUUCGGACAUGUGGUCCGUCGGGGUUAUCUGCUAUGUUCUGCUGUCAGGGCUGUCGCCUUUCAUGGGCGACAACGACGCCGAGACCUUCAGCAACAUCACCCGCGCCGAGUUCGACUUCGACGACGACGCCUUCGACGCCAUCACUGACGAUGCCAAAGAUUUUAUCCAGUCCUUGCUUGUCAAACGAAAAGAAAAGCGACUCACGCCUGCACAAUGUCUGGAGCACCGUUGGCUGAACCAGACUGAAGGUACCAUGAACAAGGUCGUCCUCUCCACAGACAAACUGAAGAAGUUCAUCAUUAGGCGAAAGUGGCAGAAAACUGGAAAUGCUAUCCGCGCUCUGGGACGAAUGGCCAACUUGACCAGCCGUCGCAGUUCUCAACCUUCUUCACCCACGAGACUCUCCCCCCUCCCGGAGAACCACACCCACACGCCCACCACCCCCGCCAGCCCCUCCCCCGUGUCCUCGCCCGCCGCCCUCGUUAAGACCAAGGGCUGCGCUCCCGUCACCCGCUCCUCGCCGAGCAUCAUCAGCGAGAGAAGCGAUUCCGGUAUUAGUGAAUGUUCGUUUGGUGUUGAAGAAAAUAACCCCAACCAAGUUAACAACCAGUGUGGCCUCACUAACGGUCGUGCUGUUACAGGGCGCACUGUUAUCAAAAGUGGAAAGACACCUUCUCUAGACUGGCAGUCGUCGGUUGACUCUGCUGUCUGCGACGACGACUUUAUCGGCAAGAGCGGCGACUUCGGGUCUUCGCAGAGAAGAAUCUCACGGGAGGCGCUGCUGCAUGCCAAGACCGACGCACUAAUGAACGCUCACUCCAGAAUAUAGAAAUAUAUAUAAAAGAAAAUAGACUCGUAGUGUAUAAUGCUUAACUAAAGUUUUAUUGUAACGUAAAUAUACAUACAUGUAUACUGUGUACAUACAAGAGAAGAAUGGACGUUGGAGUGUAGUUACUAGUUGAUUAUUUGCCUUUUUAAUAAGUAUCAUAGUGGCCUUGAAUUUAAUAAGAUUUUAUUUAAUCCAUAUUUUGCCUGGACCGUAUGUAUUUAGAUCGCGCUGGCCAGUGACGGUAAGCCUCGCGCACGAAGCUGUGCAGGUUCAGGUCGGUGCGUCUUGCUCUCAAAGUGUUGUAUUUCUGCGGGCUGUGUUGGUGCACUCGCCCUGCAUCUGUCUAUUUAAUCCAUGUCAACGAAUAUGGAGCUUAUUUAGACGCUUUCAAGAUAGAGUCGUGAACACUUGACACAAGAAAAUUCCAUUGCUGAAAAAAUGGAAACCGAAACUUCGACCUCUGAAGCGUGUCUUUCCUCGGGACACGUGGAAAAGAGGAGGAACUUAACUUCGUAUUCUCACUGUCGACCAGCCAGAACAGACUCUCGUGAAGGCUGAUGAUGCAUCAUACUUUUUAUCUUAGAAAAGUGUACACAAGCAAGUCAAAGGAAGAAUGUAAAAAAAAAUGUGUUUGACGUUUUGCCGUGACGGAAAGACCAAGGGAAGCGUGCCUGAAUUUGCUUCCGUUGCCUCUCCGUCACACCCGUUUGUUUUCCCUUGCAGAAAAAAAUCCUGUGAAUUUGCCGUUAGUUCUUUAUUGUGUGUUUUAAUGUAUGCUUCAUAUGAUUUUGAUUUUUUCUCAGUGCCAAAUAAAAUGUACAGAUGGUU